UGUUAACUGUCGAGACUAAACUCUUUCAGGCUCGGGCUUUGACCGACAAAAUUCAUCAUCUCCGGUCGCAGCUUCCCCCACUCUCUUCAGGAACUCAACCCUUCUGCUAAGAUCACAGAUCAGAUGGUGCCUCCUCCAGGCUGCAACUGAAUCAAAGAUGAGAGGAACCUGCACGAGCCCCGUUGAGCCCAGGCUCCGCUUGUCUGCAUCCACAAAUGAAGAAUCUAACAAAAGAAAGCUUCAAAGAAGUAGAGAUUUUAAAGAUGUUGCAAAGGCCCUCCACAGUUCAGUCCAAGAUAGGAAUUUAAAUUGCAAACCUACCUUGAAACUUGUGCUGGUGAUUAUUGUCUUGGGAGCCCUUGUGACAUUCUUCCACUCUCCAGCUAUUUAUAAUACAGAUUAUCGAUCCCAUUAUGUCUCUCGGUCAAAUCUUGCAGAAAGAUGGAUAAGAGAGAGUGCUGCUACAGAUCCACGCUAUAUAUCUUUUUUAGACAUUAACUGGGACCAAAUCUCAAACAUCAUUGAGAAACUAACUGACAGGAAUGAGUAUCAGGGAAUUGGCUUGUUAAAUUUUGACGACAGUGAGAUUAAUCUCUGGAAGGAGCUGAUUCCAGAAGUCGAGCAUGUUGUUCUGCAACUGGACUCUGUGUCACCCAACAUAACAUGGGAAUCCCUAUACCCUGAAUGGAUAGAUGAAGAAGAAGAUUUUGAAGUUCCUACUUGUCCUUCUCUACCCAAGCUUAAAGUUCCUGGAAAACCCCGGGUUGAUCUAGUUGCUGUCAAACUUCCCUGCAACAAGUCGGGGAGCUGGUCAAGAGAUGUGGCCCGUUUGCACUUGCAGCUUGAAGCAGCAAGGGUUGCUGCCUCUUCCAAAGGAUAUCAUCCAGUGCGUGUGCUUAUUGUGACGGACUGCUCCCCAAUCCCAAAUCUCUUCACUUGCAGGGAACUUCUCAUACAUGAAGGGAAUGUAUGGCUUUUUCAACCCAACCUGAAUACAUUGAGAAAUAAGCUGCAGCUUCCAGUAGGGUCAUGUGAACUUGCAGUUCCCCUCAAGGCUAAAGAAAAUUUUUACUCAGAAAGAGCACACCGUGAAGCAUACGCAACUAUUCUGCACUCUGCACAUGUAUAUGUUUGUGGAGCUAUCGCUGCUGCUCAGAGUAUCCGUAUGGCUGGUUCAACACGAGAUCUUGUGAUACUUAUUGAUGAAACAAUUAGUGAGUAUCACAGAGAAGGAUUGGCGGCUGCUGGUUGGAAGAUCCAUAUAAUCCAAAGGAUCAGGAACCCCAAAGCUGAACGGGAUGCGUACAAUGAAUGGAACUAUAGCAAAUUCCGUCUCUGGCAGCUGACAGAUUAUGACAAGAUUAUUUUCAUUGACGCCGACCUGCUCAUACUUAGAAACAUCGAUUUCCUGUUUGAGAUGCCAGAAAUAACUGCUACUGGAAAUAAUGCCACUCUCUUCAACUCGGGUGUGAUGGUGAUUGAACCAUCAAAUUGUACAUUCCAGUUGCUAAUGGAUCACAUCAAUGAGAUCGUGUCCUACAAUGGUGGCGACCAGGGGUAUCUGAAUGAAAUCUUCACGUGGUGGCACCGGAUCCCAAGACAUAUGAACUUCUUGAAGCACUUCUGGGAAGGUGAUGAGGAGGAGAAAAAAGUGAUGAAAACUCGUCUCUUUGGGGCUGAUCCUCCGAUCCUUUAUGUCCUCCACUACCUGGGUAAUAAGCCUUGGCUUUGUUUCCGGGACUAUGACUGCAACUGGAAUGUGGACAUUUUGCAGGAGUUUGCCAGUGAUGUUGCACAUAAAAAGUGGUGGAAGGUGCAUGAUGCCAUGCCAGAAAAUUUGCAUAAGUUUUGUUUGCUUAGGUCUAAGCAAAAGGCAUCAUUGGAGUGGGAUCGGAGGCAAGCUAAGAAAGGAAAUUACACGGAUGGUCAUUGGAAAAUCAAGAUAAAAGACAAGCGUUUAAAGACAUGUUUCGAGGAUUUCUGCUUCUGGGAGAGCAUGUUAUGGCACUGGGGUGAAACAAACUGGACAGAUAAUGCUACUGUUACUCCAGCACCACCUGCAAUUACUACCAAAUCCCUCUCUUCUUUGUGACUUGGUUCUUUUUCUUCAUACUUCAUAAGUUAUUUAGAUGACACAGUUCAACACAUUGUCUCCUUACAAAUAUCAUAAAGGAAUAUCUUCUUCUACUUCUA